AUGGGAUUGGAAGAUUAUAGUGCUGAUUCACGUGGUGACAUAGGGUCAUGGAUACGUGAAGCAUGCAUGAAUGGAUUUAUGGAAUUUUGUCCAUUGAUACAAAAAUUAGAUUUUAAAGGCAUGAACUGUAAACCUUGGUGGACAAAUGACUUAUCUAAAAAUGUUUUUUCAAGUUUAUUGAAACAAAGUGUUGAAAGAAUUGAUAAAAUUAGAUCUUGUGCAGGAAAAGUUUUGCUUAAUUUAUUAUAUAAAAAAAUAGUCAUUGAUGGAGAAGAAAAAUUUUUAUUUGAUGUACCAGGGAGAGAAAUAUUGCAAAAAAUUUUGCCAAGAGACAAAGAAAUUCAUUGGAUUAAACCAUCUGAGUUAUAUCCAAGAUUAAUAAAAUUAUUAAUAUUACCUGAAUAUAGAUUUGAUUUAUUAACAGGCUUAGUGAUUGCUGCAGGCGGAUUAACAGAAUCUUUGCAGGAUAGAAUUGUGAUACCUUUAUUAGAAGUUAUAGAUUUAUUAUUUGAGGCUGGUAUAUUACAAAAAAUUGAUCAAAAUAAUUUUAGAUUUUGUGGUAUGACUACAUUAAGCGGUUCAGUGAAAAAUAGAGCAUUAUUUCAAUUACUUUCACUUUUAAUCCAUCCAUUUCCAAAGAUAAGACGAUCAACAGCAGAUCAAUUAUACUUAACAAUUACUUCAGCAGCUGAAAAUGAAGAAUCUGAACAAAUGUUACAAAUUGAAGAUAUAUUAACUAAUACUGAUUGGAAUGAUUCAAUACCAGAAAUAAAAAAAACAUUAUUCAUGAUAAGUGUGUUGACAGAAAAUAUAAUUGUUGCUGUAUUAAAGUCGAUGGAUAAUUUACAAACUACAUCAAAACCAAACAUUGAUCCUUCAAAUAUACAAAAAUCAUUAAAAGAAGAAGGGGAGGAAGAUGAAGAAAUUCCUGAUCAUAUUGAAGAAAUUAUUGAAAUUUUAUUGAAUGGAUUGAAACACAAGGAUACAGUUGUACAUUGGUCAGCAGCAAAAGGACUUGGCAGACUUUCACAGUGUUUACCACAGGAACUUGCAGAUGAUGUAAUUGGAUCAUUGUUUGAACUAUUUUCUGAGAAUGCUUAUAACGAAAUAACCUGUUAG